GAAAGGAAAAUGGCCCCUGGGAACGAGUCCACGGUGACUGAGUUCCUCCUGGCUGGGCUGACACAGCAGCCAGAGCUCCAGAUGCCCCUCUUCCUCCUCUUCCUGGCCAUCUACCUGCUCACGGCGCUGGGCAACCUGGGCAUGGUCACACUCAUCGGCCUCAGCUCCCACCUGCACACACCCAUGUACUAUUUCCUCUGCAGCCUGUCCCUCAUUGAUCUCUGCCAGGCCACUGUCAUCAUCCCCAAGAUGCUGGUGAGCUUUGUGGCAGACAAGAACAUCACCUCCUACCCUGAGUGCAUGACUCAGCUCUACUGCUUCAUUGUUUUGGUUAUAGCAGAGUGUUACAUGUUGGCUGUCAUGGCCUAUGACCGUUAUGCGGCCAUCUGCCAGCCCCUGCUUUACAAUGUCAUCAUGUCUCCUCACGUCUGUGCCCUGCUCUCAGUGGCAGUGUAUAUCUGGGCCAUCACUGGGUCUUCCACCCACACGGGCUUAAUGCUGAGACUUGACUUCUGUAAGAACAAUAUGAUUAACCAUUAUUUCUGUGAUGUGAUGCCACUCUUAGAGUUAUCCUGCUCCAGCACUUACAUCAAUGGAUUAUUAGUUCUAGUUUUCAGUACCUUUAACAUAAUGAUUCCUUUCUUAACUAUUCUUGCCUCCUACAUUUUCAUCAUUGUGAGCAUCCUCCGCAUCAGCUCCAGAGAGGGCAGGGCUAAAGCCUUCAGCACCUGCAGCUCCCACCUUGGGGCAGUGGGCAUGUUCUAUGGAUCUACUAUGUUCAUGUACCUGCAGCCAUCCUCAGUCAGCUCCAUGGACCAAGGGAAAGUGUCCUCUGUGUUUUACACCAUCAUCGUGCCCAUGCUGAACCCCCUGAUCUACAGUCUGCGGAAUAAGGACGUCAAAGUUGCUCUGAGGAAAACUGUGAACUGUAGAAAGUGUUCAUGA